ACCUCGUACGUCCGUACCACUCCGUCCAGUUUAUCUCUAUAUCCCUUGUGAUUGGUGGAAAAAUGUCUGGAGCAGCAUCAGCAGCAGCGGGCUCAAAGUUUCAGCAGUUCAUGAACCACCCGGCAGGGCCUAAAACAGUGUUCUUCUGGGCGCCGGCUAUGAAGUGGUGCCUCGUCGCUGCGGGAUUGAAGGACCUUACCCGGCCAGCGGACAAGCUUAGCGUGUCGCAAAACCUUGCCCUCACUGCCACCGGCUUCAUCUGGGUGCGCUACUCAGUCGUUAUCAUACCGGUAAAUUACAGCUUGGCUGCGGUCAACUUCUUCGUCGGGGCGACUGGUCUGGGUCAAUUGGCUCGCGUCUGGCACUUCCAACGCACAGGCAAGGACCCCGUGAUGGAUAAGUUUGGCCCGAAAAACACCGAGGGUGGACACGCAACAGCUUAAGUCCUUACUCAUGCACAGUCUCUUGCUGUACCUCUCCUGCUGGAUAUUCUAGAUUCGGACCUAUAAACAAUACUGGCACUGGGUCUACACCCCCAGUCCUUACUUGCACUCAGCUGCCGAUUCCACAACAACCCCAAGGCAUUUUGGCGGUGUUAUGGGGCUGAGCUUGAAACUUGACAUGUGGUAU